AUGACGCUCCUGCAAACCCUCCUCCGCGCAACAGCGUUCAAGAAUCCUCUUCUACGUACCCUCGUCCCUUCUGUCGCACUCGCAUACGGUAUCCAAGCUGCCGUAGCCGUACCUUCCAUUGCAGCACAAACAGAACGGUACUAUGACCUCUCCGGCAGCUUCACAUACCUCUCCUGCACAGCCCUCAGCCUAGUACUCCCAUACAUGCGCGCAAGAGCCGCAGGCACCAUCACCGGCGGUAUAACCGACGACGAAGGGAAAGACUCUCGUUUCGACUCCAUCCGGACCUCCCCACCCAAAUUCCUCGUCGCCUUCUUCGCCCAAGCAACAUGGGUCUCCCUCUGCACCUUACCCGUCAUUCUAGUAAACUCCGUUCCACGCUCCGCCUACGCGACCUCACUCCUUGGGCAAGCCGUAUCCUCGAAACCCUACUUAACAGACGUCCUCGGCCUCGCCAUCUUCGUCUUCGGUCUGACGUUCGAGGUCGUGGCCGACCGCCAAAAAGACGCCUGGGUCCAAGGCAAAAAGCAAAAGAAACACUCUGAAGAGUUCCUCACACACGGCCUGUGGAGUAAGUCUCGGCAUCCGAAUUACUUCGGCGAGGCGACGUUGUGGAGUGGUAUUGCGAUUGCGGCGGCGGGGUUGCUGGUUAGGCAGCCCGCGCAGGCUGCGUUGGGAUUGAGUGGGGGGAUUGGUGGACAGGUGCUUGUUGCGGGUAUGUGUGCGGCUAGUCCGGCUUUUGUGUCUUUCUUGCUGCUGAAGGUUAGUGGGGUGCCGUUGAGUGAGAAUAAGUAUGAUAAGAGGUAUGGGGAUCGCAAGGAUUAUCAGAAGUGGAAGAGGGAGACGCCGAUGUUUGUGCCGAAGAUUUGGUAG